CGGCGGCGGCGGCGGCGGCGGCGGGGGCGCGUCGGGGCUGGAGCCGGAGCGCGCCGGGCUCAGGGCGCAGCGAGCGGGAGCGCGGCGGCCGCGGGCUCCGCGGAGGGACGGACGCACAGAUCGCGGGAGGGACAUAUACCGGCGCACGCCGCGCAGCCGCUUCCCGCCCCCACCCACUGGUGCCCACGCCUUCCCCUUGCCGCCUGCUCUGUAUGGCACAAACUUUCCUCCCGGGACGGAACACGCUGUCUCAGGGAGCCCGCGCCGGCGCCUUCUCCUCAGCCAGUCCCUAACGCUGCUGAAAUGGGUUGCGGAUUGAACAAGUUAGAGAAACGUGAUGACAAACGGCCUGGAAAUAUCUAUUCAACUUUAAAGAGGCCUCAGGUGGAAACUAAGAUAGAUGUGUCCUACGAAUACCGCUUCCUGGAGUUCACUACCCUGAGUGCGGAGCUCCCGCGGUCCUCAGCAGUGAGGCUGGCCUCCCUGCACGACCUGCCCGCCCAGCUCCUGGAACUGUAUCAGCAAGGCUUCUCACUAGUGGCCCUGCACCCCUUCGUGCAGCCAACCCACGAGCGGGAGAAAACACCCCUAGAGCACAUCUUCAGGGCCAUCCUGAUCAAGAAAACUGAUAGAUCUCAGAAAAAUGAUCUCCACAACGAACGCUACAUCUUGGAAUUAGAUUGCUGUUCCUCCUUAGACCACCUGACGGGCCAAAAGCUCAUCCCGGAGUUCAUUAAGAAGAUCCAGGAGGCUGCAAGUCAGGGCCUGCAAUUUGUCGGCGUCAUACCUCAGUACCAUUGCCCUGCGAGGUCGGCAGGCAGCAGCCCCCCAGUGGACGCCAGAGAUGUGGAAAAGGAGCCGGGCAGAUGUGAGAAUAACGAGAACCCGGGUGCUCCCGUGGGGAUGGACGGCAGCCGGGAGCCAGGCCAGGGCCCAGGAGGGGAGACGCCCAUCGCUGGGCAACCCAGCCUGCCCUCGGGAGAGGGGGACGGAGCAGAAUUUUCUCCACACGGGGUGAGCAAGACUCUGGAUGGGCCGGAGGGUGACCUGCUGGAAGUGAGUGAGGAGCCACUCUCGGGAAAAAUGGAGAUCCUCGCCCUUUUCAACAAGCCGAAGAGCCAUCAGAAGUGCCGGCAAUACUAUCCGGUCACUAUUCCUCUCCGGGUCUCCAAGAAUGGCCAGACGGUGAGCGGUUUGGAUGCCAACUGGUUGGAGCACAUGAGUGACCACUUCCGGAAAGGAGGCAUGCUGGUGAAUGCAGUCUUCUACCUUGGCAUGGUCAAUGAUUCCUUACACAGCCUGACAGAUGGAGUAUUCAUCUUUGAAGCUGUUUCCACAGAAGAUAGCAAAACCAUGCAGGGCUAUGAUGCUAUUGUUGUCGAACAAUGGACAGUCCUGGAAGGUGUCGAGGUGCAGACAGACUACGUGCCCCUGCUGAACUCCCUGGCGGCCUAUGGCUGGCAGCUCACCUGUGUGCUACCUACUCCCGUUGUCAAGACAACCAGGGAGGGGAAUGUAUCCACCAAGCAGAUUGUCUUUCUUCAGAGACCGUGUCUACCUCAGAAAAUCAAGAAGAAGGAAUCAAAGUUCCAGUGGCGAUUCUCCCGAGAAGACAUGCACAACAGGCAGAUGAGGAAGUCCAAAGGCAAACUCAGCGCCAGAGACAAGCGACAAGCAGAAGAAAAUGAGAAGAAUUUAGAAGACCAGUUUUCCAAAGCCGGAGACGUGGGAAACUGUGUGCCGGGCCUGCAUCAGGAGGACGAGGCGUCCGAGGAGCUGAAGGUCCCCGCCCAGGAGAUCACAGAAGGAAAGCUCUGUGUGCAGGGUGGGGCUGUGCAAAACGGUCCUGCGGGUCAUUGCGGGGCCCCGGAAGGGGGCUGCGCUGAGCAGUCCCAUCCCAGAGAGGAUGCCAGGGAGGGAGGCACCCAGGAAGUGGCCGCAGAGCCCGAGACAGCGGGGGACAACUGAGUCCUGAGUGGUUGGUGUUGCACGCCUGAUGCGCUGGCAAAGCGGAGGCACCGUGCCGGCAUCUGGGUGGGGGGCUGGUUUGCCCCAGCGUCACGUGUUACCCUUUGGCUUGGCUUGACCUCUUCUCGUGAGCUCACCGGGCCCUCUGAGGGCCGGGUCCCUGACAGUUUUGGUCUCUGCACAUCCAUUAGAAAUGUGUCGUAAUGCCCCAGUGUUAGAAUGCAAGAGGUCAGGUUAUUUCUUCAUCUGUUUCCCAGUCCCAUGGGAAGGAGUGGCCCAUCCAGUGCCUGUGUCCACCCCCCUUCCCCGCCAGGUUCCCCAGGGAGCAUUCGAGUCAGGUCCAUCCAUGGACCUCCCUGGCUACAAACCAAGACUGUUCAUUCCCACACCCUGCCGGGGGUGCAUUUUACAUCCGCUGCUGCUCUCUGUGGCUCUUUGGUGAUGUAACAACCCCCGGAGCCCAUCAGGUGCCCUCCUCCAUCUAAGCCCCACACGCCCUGCUGCUUUGACAAGGAAAAUGACAGUAGGGAGGGGAGGUGCCCCACCUCCUGGCUUUUCUCGACGUAUUCCCAUAGAUACUGGUAAUUUGAAAAUGAAGAGGUAAUUCUGUGUGUACACCUGAUCUUGCAGAGUUUCCAAGAAGGUAUUCUGUAUUAGUAUCAAUGCCAAAAAAUUUUUUAAAGAAUUUGUACUCAGCACAUUAUCUGAACACACGUUCCUUCUUUCAUUUCAGGGCAACCCGACUGGUUGGGAGCUCUUGUUAUGUGCUAUUUUAAUCAGUGUAUCAUUGGCCAAGUUGUUUCCAUGUAUGCUAUCACGUGUUUAUAUUGUCCAGGAAGUAUUGUUAAGGCUUUAAGUAGUUGCAACUGGUGAACCGUGGAGAGAGAAUGCCGAUUGUCUUGACCCAAACAACAGCCUUUCUCUUCUCUUUCUUGUUUAGUUACUUAAAGCAAUAAAUCAUCUAUGAGUUUA